UUGUCGACUUAAAAUUGCAGACAAAUCCAUAUUUUCAUCACCCUAUUUUUAAAGCUUAUCCCUGCAUGUUGUGAUCUGCCAGGUUGUACCCCAACCCAACGUGCCCACAUGGGGUUUCACUGCCAUGGCCCUUUUGCUCUAUAAAAGCCUCGCCCUGCUUCAACAUUUCCUCACUCAACAACACUUGCAUUAAGUCUCUAAGAUAUCACUGCAAGAAAAAAAAAAAAAAAAACCAGACAUGGCUUCCAACACUGUUGCAUCCGCUGCUCUUCUUCUUACCUUGAACUUGUUGUUCUUCACUUUGGUUAGCUCUACCUACGUGCCUUGCCCACCACCACCAAAGAGCCACAAGCCUACCCACAAGAGCCCACCCUCGGCACCUGAACAGCCAGGCACUUGCCCCAGAGAUGCACUGAAACUAGGCGUUUGUGCUGAUUUGUUGGGCUCAGUGCGCGUUGUUGUUGGACCGUCGAGGACCAAAUGCUGCUCUCUCAUUUCGGGUUUGGCUGAUCUCGAUGCUGCUGUUUGCCUUUGCACUGCUAUUAAAGCUAAUGUGUUGGGGGUUAACCUAAACGUUCCUGUUUCAUUGUCUUUGCUCCUCAAUUCCUGCGAAAAGCAAAUGCCUGCUGGUUACAAAUGUGCUUAAGCUCAUUUCCACUGUUUCCUCAGCAAUGUUUGGGUUUUUCUUUUACGUGUUCUUUUUUUUUCUGGGCUUGUUUAAUUUGGUAUUUUGAUAUGUCAAGGGUUAGAUAAAAUGGUAAAGGUUUCUUUUACCUUAACCAAUAGUCAAUUCUCAUCUAUUUAUACAAUAUUUGUCAUGUUAUUAAGAAAGAAGGCUUCUCGCCUUCCAAUCCAUAAAUUAUGUACGUUACAAAUCAGUGAAAUAAUUGGAUGAAAAAAUAAGUUAAUUUAUAUUUGUUUCA